AGAUAUAGCAUGUUUGAGAAGUUACAAGAAAGUAUAGAAGCCUCCCUCAAAACCCUCAAAGGGCAGGGGAAAAUCACCGACAUCAAUGUGGCAGCCACUGCCAAGGAAGUGCGUCGAGCACUCGUGGACGCUGACGUCAGUUAUAAAGUAGCUAAAGAUUUUACUGAUAAGGUCAAAGAUGAGGCCAUGGGUAAAGGCAUACUCACGGCAGUAUCCCCUAGCCAAAUGUUUGUCAAAAUUAUGAAUGACGCCCUCACCGAACUUAUGGGGGGAAGUCAACAAGAAAUCAAUACCUCAGGUUCCUUACCUAUCAUAUUGGUAGCGGGACUUCAAGGAUCAGGACGUUUAGCAGUGGAUGAGGUUAUGAUGAAGGAGAUAUCUCAAUUAAAAGAUGAGCUAAAACCUUCAGAGACUUUAUUUGUCGUGGAUUCCAUGACAGGCCAAGACGCAGUCAAUACUGCUAAGGCUUUUAAUGAUACCAUCAAUUUCGACGGAGUCGUCCUCACCAAAAUGGAUGGCGAUACCCGAGGUGGAGCCGCACUUUCUAUACGCUAUGUGGUUGAUAAGCCGAUAAAAUUUAUUUCUCAAGGGGAAAAAGAAGAUUCGUUAGAUAUUUUCUAUCCUGAACGUAUGGCGAACCGGAUUCUCGGAAUGGGAGAUAUCGUGUCUCUCGUAGAAAAGGCACAGGAAGUCUAUGAUGAGAAAAAAGCGAGGGAAUUAUCCAAGAAAAUCGCCAAA